AUCGAAUUGGAAACAAACCAUUUUUACUAAAGGAUGAUAAAUUGAGUUUUCAUAUGUAUAUCAGUCAGGCACCUUGUGGUGAUGCGUCAACAACAAGUUUGGCUUCAAAUCAAUCAUUAGAAGAUGCUGAACUUUAUAUGAAUUCAUAUAAUCAUUUAUCGCAACCAAUCCCCCAAAAUUAUGAUCGUGAAAUUAACAAGAAUUUGAAUACUCAUGACAAAGUUUAUGUAGCGAAAGGAAGGGAAGGGUUUAGAAAGGGAAGGAUUGAUUACGACUCUUUAGGAGUUUUAAGAACAAAGCCGGGAAGGGUUGAUUCAGAACCAACUUUAUCGAUGUCAUGCAGUGACAAAAUAGCACAAUGGAAUGUCGUUGGUUUACAAUCUGCUCUAUUAUCUGAACUUAUCUCCCCAAUAUAUUUAUCUUCUAUCGUUGUGGGUGAUAUGUUCUCACAAGAAUCCUUGUCUCGUGCUUUGUGUGAACGGAUCGAAGGGUUGAAUGAUCUUCCACAUGAAUACUCUUUACAUAAACCAAUAAUUUCAAAGUCAAGCGAACCAUUUGAAAGAUCGAAAUUUUGUUUAUCGUCACGCUUUCCCAAUGAGAACUUGGUCUCAUCAAGUACAGCCUUAGUAUGGUAUAAAGGAGCGAGAUCUCCAGAAAUCCUUGUUUCUGGGAGAAAACAAGGUGCUAUUAAAUCAAAAAAAACAGGAGAAUACUCACAUAAAACUCGUCAAUGUAGAUGUUCGGUUGCGAAAUUAUGUUUAUUUCAAAGUUUAAAUUCAUUAUUAAGACAAAUUCCUAGGAAUUUGGUACCAUUUAAUUUAAGGUAA